AUGAACGAUUUGAUCGACGCUUUCAGCAGCCAGCGCAUCGGCUGCCAUAUUUACGGCGUCUGUGUUAACAAUCUGAGUUACGCUGACGACAUGGUUUUGCUGAGUGCGUCGAUCUGUGGCCUAAGGAAACUGAUACGCAUUUGUGAGGAGUAUGCGAGUGGACACGGUCUAAAGUACAAUGUAAAGAAAAGUAAAUGCAUGGUCUUUAAGGCAGGUACCAAGUGUCCCCAGGAUUUAUCACCAGUAUUAUUGAAUAGUGUGCCCUUAGAGGUUGUCAAUCAAUUUAAGUACCUGGGACAUCUAAUCACUAAUGACCUCAAGGACAAUGCGGACAUUGAGCGGGAGCGGAGAGCGUUGUCCGUUAGAGCUAACAUGAUAGCCCGCAGAUUUGCACGAUGCUCACAGGAGGUAAAAAUUACUUUAUUUAGAGCUUAUUGUACAUCACUCUAUACAUCCAGCCUGUGGGCAGACUAUAAUAAGCGAAGUUACAAUGAUCUCCGCAUCCUGUACAAUAACGCUUUUAGGGUGAUCCUGGGGCUGCCCCGCUUCUGCAGUGCCUCUGGCAUGUUUGCGGAGGCGCGCACUGCCUGCUUUCAUGCGACCAUGCGUAAGCGGUGUGCGUCAAUGGUGCGCAGAGUGCGGGCCGGCUCCAAUAUUAUCCUGAAAAUGAUAGGUGAUAGAUUGGACUGUCCUCUCCUCCGGCAUUGCUGCGACAUAUAUGUCCCAGUAAUUGUGGGAGCGAAAGGAUAUUAUAAAUAA